AUGGAGAUUGAGAGGGAAGCUCCGGGUAACGACAAGGCGAGGAGCUGGAGAGCUAAUGUAGCUCAGGAAGACUCUAAGAGCAAGCUUGACGGCGGUGAUCAGCCGAUGAAGGAGCCUGCAUGGAAAAGGUUCCUGGCUCAUGUUGGGCCAGGGUUUAUGGUGUCAUUGGCAUACUUGGAUCCUGGGAACUUGGAAACGGAUCUGCAAGCUGGAGCGAAUCACCGAUACGAGCUCCUCUGGGUGAUUCUCAUUGGUCUCAUCUUCGCACUCAUCAUUCAGUCACUAGCAGCUAAUCUUGGAGUGGUGACAGGGAGGCAUCUUGCUGAGAUAUGCAAGAGUGAGUAUCCAAAAUUUGUGAGGAUCUGCCUAUGGAUUCUCGCAGAGGUGGCUGUGAUCGCUGCAGAUAUCCCUGAAGUUAUAGGGACAGCCUUCGCUUUCAACCUGUUAUUCCACAUCCCCGUGUGGGUGGGGGUUCUCAUCACCGGCUCCAGCACUCUCCUGCUCCUGGGCCUACAAAGAUACGGGGUGCGGAAGCUGGAGUUCCUGAUCUCGAUGCUGGUGUUCGUCAUGGCGGCGUGCUUCUUCGGGGAGCUGAGCAUCGUGAAGCCGCCGGCGGUGGAGGUGAUCAAGGGGCUCUUCAUCCCCAGUCUCAAGGGCGACGGCGCCACCGCAGACGCCAUCGCCCUCCUUGGAGCUCUUGUCAUGCCGCACAACCUGUUCCUGCACUCCGCUCUGGUGCUGUCUCGGAAGACGCCAUCGUCGGUGAGAGGGAUCAAGGACGCGUGCCGGUUCUUCCUCUACGAGAGCGGCUUCGCGCUGUUCGUGGCGCUGCUCAUCAACAUCGCCGUCAUCUCCGUCUCCGGCACCGUCUGCUUCUCCGGCAACCUCUCGCCGGAGGAGGCCGACAAGUGCAGCGACCUCUCGCUCGACUCAUCCUCCUUUCUCCUCAAGAACGUGCUGGGCAGGUCGAGCGCGAUCGUCUACGGCGUGGCGCUGUUGGCGUCUGGGCAGAGCUCCACCAUAACAGGCACCUAUUCCGGCCAGUACAUCAUGCAGGGUUUUCUGGACAUCAGGAUGAAGAAGUGGCUGAGGAACCUGAUGACCCGGUGCAUCGCCAUUGCGCCGAGCCUAGUCGUCUCCAUCAUCGGUGGCUCCAGUGGCGCCGGCCGUCUCAUCAUCAUCGCUUCGAUGAUCCUGUCUUUUGAGCUGCCGUUCGCCCUCAUCCCACUUCUCAAGUUCAGCAGCAGCAGCAGCAAGAUGGGACCCCACAAGAACUCCAUCUAUAUUAUCGUGUUCUCGUGGUUGCUGGGGCUGAUGAUCAUCGGCAUCAAUAUGUACUUCCUGAGCACCAGCUUCGUCGGCUGGCUCAUCCACAACUCCCUCCCCAAGUAUGCCAACGUGCUCGUCGGCCUCAUCGUCUUCCCCCUCAUGCUCAUCUACGUUGUCGCCGUCAUCUACCUCACCUUAAGAAAGGACACCGUCGUCACCUUCGUCGCCGACUCCACCCAGCUGGUUGACGCCGAGAAGGCCAAGGCGGCCGGUGAGGAGGAGGACGACCUACCAGUGCCGUUCCGGCAGGACCUGGCGGACAUCCCACUGCCGGAGUAG